AUCGUUUCCUAGGAACAUUCAACGGAAAUGGAUUCAUCGUUAUAGCAAGCUUUUUAUGCCAGCUGGCCUUCGCCACUUAUCUCUCCGUUCUUACAUCUAACCGUAAGGAGGAUAUCCUUUGGGGAGUCUUAUUAACUAGAUAGCAGUCUAUCCCCCUGUACAGGUGUACUCUCCAUUUGAUAUCAUUCAUUGUUAUCUGACUGGGAUAUUUAUUGGGCCGACUAUAUUCUUUUUUUUAUUAUCGGUUUCGGCUUUUAAAACAGAAAGAUGGAUUCUCUUAGUCCUGAGGAUAUGGCUCCUCCGUUCUGCAUUGGUCAGCAUGAGCCCAAUCGCAAGCUGCCUGUCACGCCGCUGGUAGUCCAGAAGGCACAUGAGAGCAAUUAUGAUAUGCUCACUACCCCGGUCACUACACCGUAUUUCCAUUCUCGAGUACUGUCCCAGCUAUCCUCCCAUCUCUCGAGCGCUCAAGCACCGACAUAUGACGCUAGCGGUACUCUGGCUACAACUCAGAGUACUCUUCCUUUGACCAUUUCCCCACUGUCAAUUGCAGAUACACACCUGACGCCUAAUGAGUCCACAUCUCAACUCAUUGGGGUUACCAGUACAUGGAUCGACCUGGGUUCUCCAGAUCCGCUGAUAGCCAACAUUUCUCGCCAGGUUUUGAUGUUGGAGGUUGCUUAUGCUGCAUUUUGUGGUAUUGGUUAUCUUCUGAUCCCUGGCCCAAAGCUUCACCAUGGGGAUAUGCAUUCCGAAGGGUUGGUGUAUUAUGCGAGGGCUGUCCAGGACGCUCUUAGCACAGCUCCUUAUAUGCAAGUACAUAUCUGGCUGAGAAUGCUCGAUAAUCCAGAUCUUGAGCUUGACGAGAUGGGCGACCUUGCUCCUUUAGCGCGGACGGAAUAUCUUCAUAAUAUAGACGGCGCGCCAUCAGGAAAGGUGGAUCCGCUAGGGACUUGGGAUGCUUGGGAUCUUAUCCGGAGAACUUGUAAAUAUCAUGGAAGAUUAUCCGUAGCACUUUCUUUACCGAAGCAGCUUCCUGCUACAUUCGUCCAGUCCCGGUGGCAUUCAGAGCCAGUACGACUACUUACUAUCGAUACAACGGUGUUUAUUAAGAACCAAAAAGGAUAUCCUGUCUUACCAAAGCCCCAUCAGGCUCUGAUUUCCAAGUUCAUGGGUCUGCGCAGUGCUCCAUGGAUUCUUCUCUGUGAUGUUGGACCGAUUCCAAACCUGGAUGAGGCUCAUGAAGACAAUGCUUCUGGCGUAUCUGGUGCGGAUUUUCCCAGUCUUUCUCAGGCUGCAACCUCGAACAAAAAGCAUUACGACCCGACUCCACACCUUUCGUACAUGAGGAAUCUCCAACAGCGACAGAGCUCUCGAAAUGCCAUUGAAAGAUUUGGAAUGGGAUAUCAAGACUACUUACAGGCGCCACUGCAGCCACUGACCGUCAAUUUGGAAAGCAUCACCUACGAAGUUUUUGAGAAGGAUCCCAUCAAGUACGAAUGGUAUGAGCGAGCCAUCGCGAAAGCGCUGAAUGACUGGGCUGAACAGAAGAAGCCUACAUCUGAUCCGAAGGGCAGAGUUGUCGUUGCUGUGGUUGGCGCAGGGAGAGGCCCCUUGGUAACCAGAGCCCUGCGAGCUAGCGCACAAACAGGCGUCGAGAUCGAUAUGUGGGCCGUGGAGAAGAAUCCUAAUGCCUUUGUCCUGUUGCAACGCCAUAACCAACAUAGUUGGGGAGGAAAGGUAUCCCUUGUCCAGUCGGACAUGAGGAGUUGGAAGGGCCCUCGAAGAGACGGGGAUGCCCCUGUCUCCCAUCUGGAGCUUCUGCAAGAUGCCGACUCCUUAGUACCUGAUAGCCCAGGGGUUGAAGCCGUUCAUACUCGUGUUGACAUUCUCAUCUCCGAACUACUGGGCUCCUUUGGCGACAACGAGCUAUCACCCGAGUGUUUAGAUGGGGUGACCCAUCUCCUCAACCCAGUGCAUGGCAUUUCCAUACCUGCAUCCUACUCUUCUCACCUCACGCCAAUAUCAGCCCCGAAGCUUCAUGCCGACGUCAUGAAUCAAACUUACUCUAAUCCUGCUGCCCCAGAGACCCCCUACGUGGUCAUGUUACAUGCGAUCGACUUCAUCUCUACCACCCAGUCAACUUUCCCCGUCGAUAGUCCUCCUGGGGACACCGGUAGCAACGUCAGCAGUAAUCGUUCUCGAUCAUCGGGACACAUAUCGCCCCCAUUACCAGUCAUGGAGCUUCCAACUCCACUCGUCCAAACGGCAUGGUCCUUUUCACACCCCAACAGGAACAUCCCCGCGCAGCCUCUAUCAUCGACAGCCUCAAACUCCCACAACAUCCGCCAAACUCGUCUCACCUUCCCCUGCCAGAACCGUGGCGUCUGCCACGGACUGGCGGGAUACUUUGAGACGGUGCUAUAUCGAGACGUAGAACUCUCGACGAACCCCGUAACAAUGGAUGCUAAAAGCGCCAAUAUGAUCAGUUGGUUUCCGAUAUACUUUCCACUGAAAACUCCCCUCAACGUCCCCGAUAAUGGCGAAAUAGUAAUAACCAUGUACCGACAAACGGACGACCGCAAAGUCUGGUACGAAUGGAUGGUUGAAGUUUUCUCCCUCGAACCGCCCUCCUCCGACCCUAGACAAGGACAGGAAUACUUUAGACAGCCGGCCCAUCAAAGUCAAGGCCACGGCUACAGACGCGUUCGAGUUGGGAUUAGCGAUCUGCACUCUAGCAUUAAGGAUGGGUGUCUUAUGUGAUUGUAAUUUCCAUCUUUCCAUGAUAUAGGAAGUUAAUAGCUUGAAAGUAGUCGGGAGAGUUUGUUGCCAGGGCUUAAUUUUGUUUGAUUCCAUAAGAUCUCACUAGCACAAAAUCACAUUGAUACACAUCUAUAA